UGUAAAUUUCCUCCCUGCUUGCCCCUCCGCAUUGGAACAGAGAGCGAGCGCUGCUCGGAGCUCUUUACUUGCAUUCGGCAUAUUUAUUCCAGAGCAAGAGGACCGGUCUGAUGACGUAACGGAAACAACGAACUUUGUCACCCGGAAGGGGAUGCUGCUAAGACGAGCGGCGCUUGGUUCGGUCCGGCCAAGUUGCCAUGGCUCUUUCUCCGUACGUGCAGGCCAUGCAGGACCUGUUCCGGGCCAACACGCGCAGCCGCGAGUUCCCGGCUCACGGGGCCAAGGUGCAUUCGGUCGCCUGGAGCUGCUGCGGCCGUCGCCUCGCUUCCGGCUCCUUUGACAAGACCGCCAGCGUCUUCGUGCUCGACAAGGAUCGACUGGUGAAGGAGAAUAAUUACCGUGGCCAUGGAGACAGCGUGGAUCAGUUGUGCUGGCACCCCAGUAACCCAGAUUUAUUUGUCACUGCAUCUGGAGACAAAACCAUCCGUAUAUGGGAUGUCCGCACCACUAAGUGCAUUGCCACAGUGAAUACCAAGGGGGAGAAUAUUAACAUUUGUUGGAGCCCUGAUGGACAGACUAUUGCAGUAGGGAACAAGGAUGAUGUGGUCACCUUCAUUGAUGCCAAGACGCACCGGUCUAAAGCCGAGGAACAGUUCAAGUUUGAGGUGAAUGAGAUCUCUUGGAACAAUGACAACAACAUGUUUUUCCUCACCAAUGGCAACGGUUGCAUCAACAUCCUCAGCUAUCCAGAGCUGAAGCCCAUCCAGUCAAUUAAUGCCCAUCCUUCAAACUGCAUCUGUAUCAAAUUCGACCCAACGGGCAAGUAUUUUGCUACAGGAAGUGCUGAUGCACUGGUUAGCCUCUGGGAUGUGGAUGAGCUGGUGUGUGUGCGAUGCUUUUCUAGGCUUGACUGGCCUGUGAGGACAUUGAGUUUUAGCCAUGAUGGGAAGAUGCUGGCUUCAGCAUCUGAAGAUCACUUCAUUGACAUUGCAGAGGUAGAAACAGGGGAGAAGUUGUGGGAAGUGCAGUGCGAGUCCCCAACGUUCACUGUGGCAUGGCAUCCAAAGCGGCCCCUGUUGGCCUUUGCCUGCGAUGAUAAAGACGGCAAAUACGACAGCAGCAGAGAAGCUGGCACUGUGAAGCUCUUUGGUCUUCCCAAUGACUCCUAAGAGAAGUCUUCUGAGACUGUUUUGGGACCUGGGGUUCUGAGCCAGGAUAGGAUGUUCGUUCAUAAGCCAUGUGUGCUUUGCUUCUUUGUUGGGUCUGCUGCCAUUUCUACAGUAGGAGUAGUACCACGGCUUGGUAUUCCCUUGCACAGAAAGCCUGCUUUUGUAAAAUGCCCAACCAUUCAAGCAGGCACAGAGGCUGGCUGACUAAAUUCCCUACUAAAUUCCCUUCCAAUUUCUAGGCCAUUAAUUUUUUUUAAUUGCAAAGAGAAAGCUACAGCUGCCAGUGUAUUUGAGUGUCUAUAUGCUGUGCCUUCCAUGAGCAAAAUAAUCCCUGCUCUUUAGUUUCUCUUGGGAUGUAAUAGGCAAAGCCUUCCUGCAAAUCUGGGAGAACUGUGUAAUUGUUGUGUCCUUGUGUCUCCCUUAACAAUGGAAAGACUCGGGGGGAUACGUGGUCUUCCUGUUGUCACAUUUGGAACCCUCCUUUACCUUUGGAGGAAUGCUUGUUUCACCUCUUUUGGAGGGAGUGGGUGGUAUUCAAGGCUAGUCUGACUGAGAGUAGACCCAUUGAAGUUAAUAUAUGUGGCUAACUUUGAUUCAUUAAUUUAGAUGGGCCUACUCUGACUAGGAUUUUAUUGAAUACAACCCAUGGUAUGUGUGGGAUGGGGAAUAGGAUUAUUUUUUGUAUGAACUUGUUUUUGUACUUUGGAUAAUUUUGUUUCACUAAUAAAUACAUAAAACUGC